AUGACUGUACACACGUUUUUAUGCGUGGUGACACCGUUACAACCUCCUUAUGAUGGACCAUUCAAGGUCGUUAGUAGGAAAGAAAAAUUUUUUGUUAUUGAUCGACUUGGCCGUCAAGACACCGUAAGUGUCGACAGACUUAAAGCGGCCUACAUUGAAGAAUCUGUACCCCUCACGCCUACACAACCAGCAACUACGCCUGCACCCACACCCCAGCCAAGUUCGAUUGUCGAAAAUUCUACUAAACCUAGCAGUUCCCCGGAUGAGACAAGUAAAGCACCGAUUACACGCUCUGGUCGGCGUGUACACUGGCCUAAACGAUAG